AAGAGGACAGAGAGCGAGACCCUUGGCGGGGAACAAAGCAAUGAGGGGGCCCCGCUACUAAUAACAAUACCCAAAAUGGAUCGGCCGGCAUUGACCGGAAAGAAUAAUCUUGAUCUCCGAUAACAGCACUUUUUUGAGCCACAUCUUCAAUCGCAAACAUAUCUCACAACAAUUUCAAUCCAGGUCGCUUGGAUGGCUCGUUUGCUGCAGUCCCUCCGUCGAGUCUUGGGACUGAAUACGUCCAAACCAGCGCUUCCGAAAUUUUCACGGUCCCUCGACACGGACUUUUCAAUCUUUCGCGAUGGCGAUCGCGUCAUCGUUCAUGGCAAGAAUCCAAUUCUGAGUAAACCAUUGCGACAAGGUCACAGGACCGAUACUCGUCGGGGAACUUUAUACCAUGACACCAUUAUCGGCCGGAGGGUACGCGAUCUGUAUCCUGCGCAUAAAGGCCCUGAGUACCGACUUUCCCUCCCCAAUCUCGACGAAUAUGUCGCCAUGACACCUCGUUUGGUAACGCCGAUUUAUGCGGCCGAUGCCAAUUUAAUCGUCUCCCUCCUUGACAUCCACGUUGCUCCUCACGCAGAAGGCGAACAACCAGCGCCAUUGGAGAUCCUCGAAUCCGGAACUGGACAUGGCUCGUUGACUCUGCAUCUUGCGCGCGCAAUUCAAGCGGCCAAUUCAAACCCACCACCGUUACCCGAGAAAUCCCAAAUCCAAUACCCACCGGACAGGCCACUCCGGCCAGACGAGGACGCACCCAAAACGCUUCGAAAAGAGCAACAAUCCGACGGAGACGCCGCAGAGGAUCCAACACAGAAGCAAUGGGAUGCCUGGCGAGCGUCUCGUGGAGCCGUCAUCCACACCGUCGACGUAUCCCCCAAAUUCUCCGUCCAUGCUGAGAGGACUGUCCGCGGCUUUCGACGAGGGAUCUACGCAGGAAACGUCGACUUUUACGUAGGCCACGUGGAGAACUGGAUCGCAGAGCAGAUCAAACAACGCGCAAAUGCUUCAUCGGCAUCAACAGGCCUCCUAUCCUCCCUCACAACCCGCGAUAACACCCACCCCGACCCCUUCCUCUCAUACGCAAUCCUAGACAUGCCCUCCGCCCAUAUGCGGAUUCCCCAUGUCGCCCAGAUCCUGAAACGGGACGGUUUCCUCGCCGUGUUCAUGCCCAGCAUCACGCAAAUCGGCGAGUGCAUCGACAUCAUUCGUCAACAGCGACUCCCAUUUGUUCAGGAGAAGGUCGUCGAACUCGGUGCUGGUAUUAGUAACGGCCGUCAAUGGGACGUCCGCUUUGCUGUAAAGAAGUCGCGAGCUGAUCCGUCUUCUUGGACAGGGACUUCAUCAUCCACCGAGUCGGAUGAAGGGGGCCUUCAACAGGAUCAGGAAGAGUCAUCGUCAUCGUCGAAUGUCGAGGAAGAAGCACCAAAAGAGGAAGAUAGCGUCUUGGUCUGUAGACCCAAGGUUGGAACGAGGAUCGUAGGCGGUGGGUUUGUGGGAAUCUGGAGACGGAUUGAGGAUUCUGCCAGGAAGUAAACUCUGUUCCCUUUCCUCUCCUAUUUGUUUUUGUAUUGAAGUUAUCCGUUGUACAAUAGUUACGCAUUGAUGUAAAAAUAUGGGUCAAAUGGGCAUUAUAUAGAAACAGUUACUGGAUUGUCGAGGAUUUCUUGCGAGGAGCUCUUAACCGAGAGGCCAAAUUGACUGCGUCGGUGUCUUCCCGGGGUAUUUGGUGAUGGGUGGUCAGAUAUGUAACAUCACCCUAGUUAAUAGACAUACGUUCACUGCCCUCAGUAAGGACACAUGAAUUAGUUCUGAUAUAUAUCUAGCUAUCUUACUACUUCUUAUUAGUCCAGACAGUGGUUUCCCUGAGUAAAGAAACCAA